ACAUGUACAUUUAUUAUGCCUUACUUUUACUCUUCCGUUAAGACGUGGACGUGGACAGGUCGAGGUAUUGCCAGUAUUGGGGCCAGUAUCAAAAGAUGCAAGCAAUAAAAAGCUCAAGUGGUCAGACUGGAUCGAUCAGAAAGGCAAGUAAGUGGGACUAAGGCUUAUCGGUCGUGGCUGGUGGAGCUCGUCGCUUUUGGCUUUCCUGCCUGCACUGUUUCAUGUCAGUGAACUGCACAUAAUGCAGCUCGUCACUCAUAAUCUCACAAUGCUGGACACAUACCAAGAGAAAACAAGGGCCCGCAGCGACAAGACGGAAUAUCAUGGCUGUUCUCUAUUUCAUGAGUCUGCUGGGUGUGUGUUUUGCGUAGUUCCUACACAGUCUCACACACUAUUGUAUUCAUUAGUUUCAGUAAGCUGGUAUUGAAAUUCAUGUUUACAGAACAGCUUUUUUUCAAAGUUGUGAUGUGGAACAAAGAAAAUUUACUAUUGAAAGUUGAAAAGAAAAGAAAACUACUGCUACAAAUCUUUGAUUACCGUGGAGUGUAACAAUUAACAAUGUUUAAGGAUUGCCGUCUGCGCAAGAACUUGUCCUAUUCGGUUUUGUGUCAUUCGUGGAGUGGACGAUUCUUCAGACUGCCGCCAGGAGUCCUCCCCAAACUAACAACAACGCAAACAAUCUGAGCUUGGGCUAGACUUUCAUAAACCUCUACCCCGAAUAACCAGAAGGUCAUCAGUUUCCCUAAGCUGAUCGAUAGAAAUGUAAAUAUUUAGCUCGAAGGUAUUAUAUCUGCUCACUUUGACUAUGUAACCACAGUAUAGUAGUAGGCUUUAAAACAAAUCUUGUACUCAAAUCCACUGGUACGCGUUGAAAAGUGUGCGAAUAACUAGAUCUAUAAUAACCAUCUGACAAAAACGUGCCCCGCUGUGAGUGUGAUUCUUCAUUGACGGAUUGCUACCGCGACACUCAUUAAUCAUAGCGACAUUUCGGAGUCUCACUUGUCGAAUCUAAUAAUUGGUCUAACUAACAAUUAAUGUUUAACCAUUUUUUCUCUUCAGAUUGCUAAGUAUGGGUUACAUAAAUUAAAACAAAGCUGUGCCUGAUCCUCUUGGUCUCUGGGGUCUGGCCACCACAAGGACUUGUCAGGCCAGCUCAAAGCUCUAACUAGUCUAUGACCGCAUAUUUACUAGACGAGUCCCUCCCACAAACUCUGUAACCAUGUCUGCGCGAUCAUCAACGGAGAGGCCCCCAAAACACCCAGGACCUACGGGUUUGUCUCUGUCCAAGCACGCCAGCGGGAGCUAUGUGCAGAGAUUCAAGAUUCAGAAGGAGCGUAUCAAAACUCUCCACAGUAACUCGGACGACGAGUCACAAACGAAAAACUCGAGAGUUAUCGACAAGUUGUUACCAAAGAUAAACAGCAUUGCUCGAGAGGACACCAGUGUGAAAAAGUACACCCGAUCAGAUACCGUGAAAUCGAUCAAGCUGCCCGGAGUGAGUGGCGGCUCGGCGUAUUCACAGGCCGCACGGCGUCGACAACCGGUCCCUGUCAAGACAUUCCACCUCAGGCUUAACCCUGAAAUGUCCAAGUCCCUCAGCAGCCUCCCGUCCAUCCCCGGCUCCCCGUCCGUCGACCAGAGUAUUUCACCUUCAUCAGAUCGUGAAUACGAAUUUAAAGGCACUGCCUUCCCGGCUAAACAUCGCUACCAGAAAAUUGCUUUCCAAAAGACUCUACACGCUGAAAAAACCUCAGCGGAUGAUUUAACACUUGGGGCAUCUCUCGGCCAAAAUGAAAAAGGAAAAAGCAAUCGUUUCGAGGGUGUCUAUCGCAACGCUCUACCACGUCGUCCUCAUCGCCACCAUCCUCACCACGCAGGGUCCUCCGAGCCAGAGACGGCCCGCUCUCUGAUAGACGGAGAACCCCCAAAGAGUAGCAGCACUCUCAGCCACGUCCGGAUGCGGAGAUAUUCCAAAGAGAGCUCUAUCAGCGACACCAGGAGCGAAGGUAACUACCUGGUAGCCAAGAAGUGGAAGGACGAUUGUGACUGUCUGCGGUGCCAGAUGUUGAGGCGACAGUACAAGGAGGGGGACGAGCAAUACAAACUCUGGGGACAGUACCCGUGCCACAGGGUCGACCACGCUAUUCGGCUUGAUGACGAUUGACGUGCCUCGUACGUUUAGUACAGUCAAACCUGCUCUAACGGUCACCUGUACAAAAGGC